AUGUUAAGAUCGAAACCUGCAUGGGGAGAGAAGGGGACUUGGAAACUUCAGGAGUUUGUACCUCAUGUCUCUCAGGUGAACUGUUUGGCCCUUGGUCAUAGAUCUGGCAGAGUUCUAGUUACUGGAGGAGAAGAUAAAAAGGUGAACCUAUGGGCAGUCGGGAAACCAAACUGUAUAAUGAGCCUCAGUGGCCAUUCUACACCAGUAGAAAGCGUCAGGUUUGGGCAUACUGAGGAGUUAGUGUGUGCUGGAAGUCAGGCUGGGAACUUGAAGAUCUGGGAUCUAGAGGCUGCUAGGCUGGUCAGAACACAUACAGGACACAAGGCAGGAGUAACCUGUAUAGAGUUCCAUCCCUACGGUGAGUAUCUAGCAUCUGGUAGUGUGGACACAUGCAUCAAACUCUGGGAUACCAGGCGAAAAGGAUGUAUCUUCUCUUACAGAGGGCAUGCACAGAAAGUGAACUCGAUCAAGUUCUCGCCUGACGGUCAAUGGAUUGCAAGCGCCGGAGAGGAUGGAGCAGUUAAGCUGUGGGACCUGAGAGCGGGGAAACUUAUGAAUGAGUUUAACAAUCAGACCGGACCUGUCAAUGAUGUUGAGUUUCAUCCACACGAGUUUCUGCUGGCCGGAGCUAACCAGGACAGGACCGUUAGUUUCUGGGACCUGGAGAAGUUUGCCCUGAUAGGUUCUACGGAGAGAGAUACAGGACCUGUCCGGUGUAUCUACUUUCAUCCUGAGGGUGAAUGUUUGUUCAGUGGAACCCAAGAUAAUCUCAAGGUUCACGGUUGGGAACCAAGUCGAUCCUUUGACUCUCUACCGGUCAGCUGGUCUAAAAUAUCAGAUAUCGCGACAGCCAGCCAGCAGUUAAUCGGGGCUUCAUUUCAGCAGACCCAUGUUUCUCUCUAUGUGGUUGAUUUGAAGCGUGUUCAGCCCUUCUGUGGAGUUAAUAUCCCGGAAAAAGAGCCCAAAACUGCUGAAAAUAUGAAUGUUACAUUCCGUCCAGGUCAAACAGUUCGAAGGAGUUUUGUGAAAGAGAGUUCUGAUGCAGGUAAAAGGCCUCCGACCCAGGUCAAGAUAUCGGAGGAAACCUCCGACAAGUCAGGGACAGAGGGAGAAGAUUCCGACGCUGUGUCCCAUGCUGAUAUCCCAGAUAUUGGAAACUAUCAGAAUGUGUUCCAACCCCGGAACCGGGAGCUCAAUAGAACUCCACCACCUCCAGACGAACCCUUUGAAGAGCCUCCAGGUUCUGAUCUUGAAAUGCCGAUGCCGGUACGAGCAGUGGAUCCGAUGAAUUUUCACGCCAGUAAACUCAACAAGAAAGUUUCUCCGUCACCCACACGGAGAGCUUCUCAACCUGCCAUGCCUUCUGGAUAUCACUCCGGGGUUGUCGGAGGCAGAAGAGGAUCUGUAUCUUCUACCCCCGACGUGAUGAAACCCCAAGAACUUCACAUGCGACACGGUCCCCACUCUGGACAGCGUCCUGUUUCCGUCUACGAUCCUACGGAAAUGCGGGGAGGACGCUCUUCCUCUCAAUCCGUCCCAAGGGAGCUUCCGUCCUCUCCGGUCCGCGCCAGUUUCCGAACAGCUGUGAACCUGAAUGCCUGUAAGGACUCCCCGGACCAAGAAUAUUUACCAGGAGUCCCACAACACAUGUCUUUACUCUCCUCCGUGCCAUACGGUCCUUCUUCUCCCGUGAAACCGUCUUCCCCAGUUAAAUCUCAUCCUUCCACAUCUCUGCCAUACUCGUCUCCUUCAUAUCAUCCGCUUGUAACUCCGCUGGACAGACCUACAGCUGUUCGACCGCAGCGUACCUCCGAAUCCGGGUUUUCUCAAUAUGAAUCUGGAGCAGGGGCCGAGCCCAUUGACAAGAUGGAAAUGGUUCCAUCGAUGUCGGAUAAACCGACAGGGCUCAAUGCUUCCGAUUUUCUGCCACAGAAGUUUGGAGGAUUAAAGAUUGGUCUCCAGCCUCCGAUUGACAAGUUUGGAUAUGAAUGGCCUCAAAACCAUUUAUCUGAGUCCGAGGUUACCUCUUCUAUACUCAAGGAUCAUACAAGUAUCAUGUCCGUCAUUAUGCAACGCUCUCGGAACAUCGCCAUUAUCCGCCAGCUCUGGCACUCCAAGGAUGCCAAAACCGCCGUUGAGCAGGCGGUCGAGUUUAACGAUCCCGCCGUUAUCGUAGAUCUUCUUUCCGUUAUCAUUCUCCGUCCUUCCAUCUGGAAUCUGGAUCUUUGUCUGAACCUGCUUCCUCCCAUUGGAAACCUGCUUCUCUCGAAGUAUGAAAGCUAUGUAACCGGUGCGUCGAGUGCGCUUAAAUUGGUUCUCAAGAAUUUUGGGACUGUGAUCAAAUCCAACAUUGACACCCCGUCCACAUCCGUGGGCGUCGACAUCUCUAAGGAGGAGAGGUUGAACAAGUGCUUGGACUGCUACAGGGAGCUUGUGAAGAUCAGGUCGACCAUUCUCAAGCGACAAACCAUGCAGGGGAAGUGUGGGCACUCCUUCAGGGAACUUGCAAUACUCAUGCAGUGCUUAGAUUAGGCUUUAGGUCAAUAUAUCACAGUCUCUGUGCCUAAAUUCUUGUUGUUUACUGUGCCUUUCCAAUUACACUUGUAUUUAACAUCUUUAAUAUUGAUCUAACAUCACUGUUCUCCAGGCACGUUUUUGAAUUUAAUUUCGGUUAUUUAUCUUGAUUCUAGAAUCAGGAUUCAUGUUUAGCUCAUUAACUCUAGCCUCUGGUCUAUUUACAGUGUAACUUUUGAAUGCAUUUGAGUUUAAUGCAUUCCCUGUCACAAAUUGAUGCAAUAAAGGCUCUUCCGGUCACAAAUAUUAAUAUUCAUUUCUUAAACCAAUUUAACCAUUAAUUAUAUGGAUUACAUUUAUUCUCUCUUCUUUCAUCCAAGUCAGUAAAAAGUAUUAAAACUAAGACUGUUAUUUUCUAACCGGUUUUCGGCAUGUUUACUUAAUAUUUACAGUACAAUAAGUGACUAAUUGAUCAGAUAGUGAGAGGUUUAGAAACGAAUAUAUUGCAAUAAUCAA